AUGGCUUCCAACACGCCCACACCUCGGUUUGCAGAAGGUGAAGACCCGCGGCAGCUCGGGUCGGACACCGCAGCGCUGCAGCAACAGGGAUGGGCGCUGGACGCGGAAGGAAUGGGAGUGACCAAGACAUUCUAUUUCAAAAGCUAUUUCAAGGCCGUGUCUUUCGUGAACCUGAUCGCAUCGGAGAGCUCGGUGAAGAAACACCACCCUACUAUGACCGUGCGGUUCGGGUCCGUCGAUGUCCACUGGACGACUCAUAAUCCGCGCGGCCUGACCACCAAGGACAUUGCAAUGGCCCGGCAUUGUGAUAAUGGGGCUGGGCUGAUGGGAUGUGUGGAGUCCGGACAGGGAUUGAAGUGCGGACCGGAGAAAUGA